UAUAACUCUCACUUUGUUCACAUUAAAGUGUCUAUAUACCACACACAAAUAUUGCCAAAAUCACAAAAUUCUCUUUCCCAUUAUGAUUAUUUUCUUUCUUUUUUCAUAUCACUAGACAAAAUUAUUUUCGUUUUUGAUUCAUAAAAAAAUUGUUUCUUGAACUAAGCUUUAGCAGAGAAACAAUGGCAGAAACAGCAAAAUAUGCACCUAUCAAUGGUGCAACAUUGUAUACAGACAUGAAAGUUCACUUGUCUGUUGUGAAGACUAAGAGAACUGUUGCAUUUGCAUAUGGCUUUGUGUUUGUUUUCAUUGUUGUUACUACUUUCUUGGCUUUUAGUCCUUCACCUAAUCCUUCUUCACCAUGGUUCACCAAUAUUUUUUCAUUAAGUAAACAAGAAGGUAAUGGUGGUGGUACUUAUAGAUCUUCUGUUUUCUCUAACUUCUUCACAAAAUCUUCACAUCAUGUUGGGGAUGUUAGUGGUGGUGAUGUUGUUGUUCCAAGAAGUUCAAAAAAGAACAAAAUUGAGCAACCCCAUUUGGAUAAAGUGUCACCAAUCGGUCAAAAGGCUCAAAAUAAUGAUAAAGUUGGAGUCUUGGAAAAGCCCUUAAAUUCUUCUGUGUUGAGUAAUCAAGAAUCAUCAGUGUUGAAGAAUGACACUCAAAGUAGAGAUUUUGAUGAUAAAGUUGGAAUCUUGAAGGCAAAUGAGAGCUCAAUUGAGGGUACUAAGUUUGCUGCAGCAACUGUAAAUCAGACUCAAAGUAAAGAUUUUGAUAAAAAAGUUGGAAUCUUGAAGGCAAAUGAGAGCUCAAUUGAGGGUCCUAGGUCUGCAGCAAGUGUAAAUCAGAGUCAAAGUAAAAAUUUUAAUGAUAAAGUUGGUAUCUUGAAGGGUCCUAAGUACUCUUCUGAGGAAAAAAGUGCUAAUGGGAAGGGAGAAAAGGGAGUUGUAGAGAAGGAAGCUUCUUCUUUGGUGAAUGAGGAGAUAAAUGGGAAAUUUUUUGAAAAGAAAAGAGAUGAAGAUUUGGUUAAGUCUUUGUUGAAUUGUGAUUUCUUUGAUGGGAAUUGGGUGACAGAUGAAUCUUACCCCUUGUAUAAACCUGGUUCUUGUUCUCUUAUUGAUGAGCAAUUCAAUUGUUUUCUCAAUGAUAGGCCUGAUAGUGGAUACUUGAAGAUGAAAUGGAAGCCUAAGGCAUGUAGUCUUCCCAGAUUGAAUGCCACUCAUAUGCUGGAAUUGUUAAGAGGAAAACGUCUCGCUUUCGUUGGCGAUUCUCUCAACCGAAACAUGUGGGAAUCCCUUAUUUGUAUUCUUAAAAACUCCGUAAAAGAUCAGAAGAAGGUUUAUGAAGAAUUUGGAAGGCACCAUUUCAGGACAGAAGCUUCGUAUUCGUUUAUAUUCGAAGAGUAUAAAUGCAGAGUGGAGUUCUUUGUGUCACCUUUCUUGGUUCAACAAUGGGAAGUUUCGGAUAAAAAAGGAGGGAAGAAGGAAACUCUUCGACUUGAUUUGAUCGGAGAGUCUGCUGAUAAGUAUAAAGGCGCGGACAUCAUAGUCUUCAACACCGGUCACUGGUGGACUCACGAGAAAACUUCCUUAGGGAAGGGCUACUAUCAAGAAGGAAGUCAUGUACACGAUGAACUAAACGUUCUUGAGGCCUUUCGGAGAGCAUUAACAACGUGGGGAAGAUGGGUCGAUGCUCAUAUAAAUCCCAGGAAGACGUUCGCUCUCUUCAGAGGUUAUUCUCCUACUCAUUUCAGCGGCGGGCAAUGGAAUUCUGGCGGGGCAUGUGACAGUGAAACAGAACCGAUAAAGAACGACACAUAUUUGACCCCGUAUCCAUCCAAAAUGACGGUACUAGAAAGUGUCUUCAAAGGAAUGAAAACUCAAGUCUCGUAUCUCAAUAUCACAAGAAUGACGGACUACAGAAAAGACGGUCAUCCAUCGAUAUAUAGGAAACCGAAUUUGACGGACAAGGAGAGGAGAUCACAAUGGAGGUACCAAGAUUGUAGCCAUUGGUGUCUUCCCGGUGUACCCGAUGCUUGGAACGAGCUGUUGUACGCUGAACUCUUGGUACGACAACACCAAAAACAACAAGAGAAAAUGUCAUAGGUAAAGUAAAACAAACAUUACGCUGCACGGACUCUUCAAAAAUAUCCUCAGGUGCUUGUCUUGUCAGAUCCUCAAUGUGACACGAGUGCAGUAGCAUUUUUGGAGAGUACCAACUACAUAGAAUUUACAAACACAUAUACAAUGUACAUUGGAAUAAUGAGUUGAGCCUAAAAAAAAUGUGCUGGCUUUUUUUGUUUGUUUGUUUUUAGAGUAAAGCUGCGUGCACAUCAACCUUCCAGAUCGUACCUGUGGAUUAUAUUGGCUAUGUCGUUGUUGUUGUAGUACAUUAUAGUGUAUGAGAGGAAGAGAAAGUUGAAGUUUCAAAAAAAAAAAGUAAUUGUUGUUUAAUUAUAGUUCUCUAAUGCUAUAAUGUAUUUUUCAAGUCUUUUGAGGGCUUGAAAAAGUGUAAAUUCUUCAAUGACUUACUUAUAUUAUUGUUUUUUUUUU